AUGGAUGGCCUGACGUCACUGCCGGGCCACCAGGAGGCCCAGCCGUCUCCGGUGGUGUGCGGCGUGACGUACCUGGACUACGACCACACAGACAUCCUGGGCUCGCGCAUUGAGCAGAUCACCGAGCAGAAGGCGGGCAUCAUCAAGCCGAGCGCGCCCGUGUUCGUGAGCCCCCUGUACGUGGUGCCUGACCUGGACGAGUGCCGCGGUCCGGACGGCGACCGGCCCUGCCUCGGCCUGGCCGGCCAGUACCAGCGCCAGAACGCCGCUCUGGCGCUUCAGCUGGCGCGCUACUGGCGCAGCGCCAGGGGUAAGCCAACGGCGCAGACCGGCGCCGACAGGCCCUGCCAGCUGACGCCCGUGGAGGCGCGCGCUCUGGCCGACUGCCGGUGGCCCGGCAGAUGCCAGAAGGUGCCCCGCGGCUCGGUGGCGUAUUACCUGGACGGCGCGCACACGGCCGACUCCGUGCAGCUGGCCCUGCGCUGGUUCCAGUCGGAGGCGGCCAGAGACGCGGACAGCAGCGGGUGA